CGUUAUUUUCUUUGCUCAAAAGCAUGGCUUGUACCAACUGCUCGAAAGUCAUAAAUGAUUCUGAGCGAAUCACCUGUCGUGGGUAUUGCGGAAAUUCGUUUCACAUGAUAUGUGUCAAGUUGGAUUAUGACGUUCGUGAUGUUCUGGGAAUCCACUCACGGAAUAUAUUCUGGAUGUGUAACGGAUGUGCUGAUUUGUUUUGUAACGAUAAUUUCCGCAGAAUGGCUUCGCGUUGUUGCGACAAUGCAAUGCCCGACGACAAUUCUCUGAAAUCAUUAAAGGAUGACAUAGCUGAUUUAAAAGAUGUCGUUAAAGCUCUCUCGGUUAAAGUCGACACAAAACCGCUAUCUCCAACGGUAAAUACACCUUGGACAGGGAUUGCUGCAUAUAAUCCCGUUCCAAACACUCCUAAGCGCAAGCGUGAAGAUGAUCCGCUCAAAGCAAAAAUCACUAAUAUUCGUGGAGCAAAAGCUGCGUUUGAAACGAUAAAAACAGUAUCACCACCUGAGGAGCUGUUAUGGGUCUACUUGUCUGCAUUUGAUCCCAGCACGACGGACGAUGAAGUUUCUAGACUUGUGAAAGAUUGUCUGGGAAAGGAUAUGCAACCAAAAAUAGUUCGCCUAGUUCCUAAGGAUAAGGAUCUCUCAUCGCUGAGCUUCAUCACCUUCAAAGUUGGCGUUAGCAAAUCAUGCAGGGAUAAGGCUCUGUCCAAAGACUCUUGGCCGGAGAACAUCUACUUUCGUGAAUUUGUGACCAAUUCAAAAAUUCAACGGCCUAUCAUCAGGAUCGCUGCGAAGAAGAAUCCAUCUGGUGGUGGACAGUAGCGCCAAGCUAUCCCGGAUAAACUCGUCUGUCUAAUUUCAUGUUCCUCGGUGAGCGACAUCGAACUACCUGGCGAAUCGGCAACUUCUUCUGUGUCAGUCUGCUGAUGAACACUACUCAAUCGACUCUACCGCUCCAGCGAACCUUCAAUGUCAAAAUGAUAAUUUCGAUCGCAUCG